UACAGCUUCCAUCUCUCUCACUACUGUUCUUUCUCUUCAUCUGUUUCCAGGAGGGAGGUGCCAUAGAAAAGCCAUGGUCAGAGAGAGAGAAGAUGUGAGAAAAAAAAUAAUUUGAAGGCAUUCCGCAGCUCUGGCGCCCUCAUCUUUUGUACCUCAGUUAUGCAACAUGCAACAACACCUAUUGUUAAAGAAAAGUCUUUAGCAGACAAGAAAACUGUGGAGAAAGAGGCAGAGCAGCAGGAAAAGGAGGACAUUUGAUAGAUAAAAAGAGGGAGCUCUGCAGCAGGAUCCCCACUGUGCUGAACACGGGACUGCGUGACUGGUCUGCUGCAAGCACAGGGAGAGAGGGAGGAGAGAGGAGAGAAGGGAGGAAGGUAGGAAGGAAAGAAGGGGGAGGGGAGGCAAUUCAGCGCAGUGCAAGCUGACUGGAUGAGUAGCAGCCGCGGCACAGGCAGCAGCAUCAGCACCACUGGCUGUAGCAUCUUUUUAUGUGGCUGCUGGAGGCUGUCUUGUGGUUGCUGUAGCAUCAGCAUCGUCCACACACACACACAAAUAUCUGGACCCAGACAUUCCCGCUGCUUGCCUCACACACACAUGUCGUGGUGGCCACCAGAGAGGAGGUAGUAAGCGACGGGGUUUGGGGGACAGAGGGACACGGGAGGAGGAAACAGGGACGACCGGUGGUAGUGCAAAUAGGAGGAGGGCUGGAGCAACGGCGACUGGAGCAGUAGCAGCAGUAGUAGCGGCACCAUGGCGCAAGCCGCCAAGCAGCUCCGCAAGACCAAGGACCUUGCGGAGGCCGCCGCCCAGGAGCAGAGGGAGAAGGAGGAGGAAAAGAUAAAAAAGAGGAAUCGAUCCAGGGACCGCAGGCGCAAGGCAGAUGCAGCCACCAGCUUUCUGCGUGCAGCUCGUUCAGGGAACCUGGACAAGGCUCUGGAUCACAUCAAGAAUGGACUCGACAUCAACACAGCUAAUCAAAAUGGUCUCAACGGGUUACACCUGGCCUCUAAAGAAGGUCAUGUCAAAAUGGUCCUGGAGCUACUACAUGCAGGCAUUGAGCUGGAAGCCACCACCAAGAAAGGGAACACUGCUCUCCAUAUUGCAGCGCUGGCAGGGCAGGAGAAAGUGGUGGCGGAGCUUGUCAACUACGGUGCCAAUGUUAAUGCCCAGUCACAUAAAGGGUUCAGCCCUCUCUACAUGGCAGCACAGGAGAAUCACUUAGAGGUGGUCAAGUUCCUGCUCGAGAACGGUGCCAAUCAAAGUCUCCCUACUGAGGAUGGCUUCACUCCCCUGGCCGUAGCCCUUCAGCAGGGCCACGAAAAUGUUGUGGCACUGCUCAUAAACUAUGGCACCAAGGGCAAGGUUCGCCUCCCAGCACUACACAUCGCUGCACGAAACGAUGACACGCGCACUGCCGCAGUGCUCCUACAGAAUGAUCCAAACCCUGACGUACUCAGCAAGACUGGUUUCACACCUCUCCAUAUUGCAGCCCACUAUGAGAAUAUGAGCGUAGCCCAGCUGCUCCUUAACAGAGGAGCCAAUGUAAACUUCACACCCAAGAAUGGCAUCACACCCCUUCAUAUAGCCUCCAGGAGGGGCAAUGUGAUGAUGGUCAGACUACUGCUGGACAGAGGAGCACAGAUUGAUGCCAAAACAAAGGAUGAGCUGACUCCUCUCCACUGUGCAGCCAGGAAUGGUCAUGUUCGCAUUAUUGAGAUCCUUCUGGAACAUGGUGCUCCUAUCCAGGCAAAAACCAAGAAUGGUCUGUCCCCCAUCCACAUGGCAGCCCAGGGGGAUCACAUGGACUGUGUCAGGCAGCUACUGCAAUACAACGCCGAGAUUGAUGAUAUUACGCUGGAUCAUUUAACCCCUCUUCAUGUAGCAGCCCACUGUGGUCACCAUCGCAUGGCAAAAGUCCUACUGGACAAAGGGGCCAAAGCAAAUGCACGAGCUCUGAAUGGCUUCACACCUCUCCAUAUUGCUUGCAAGAAGAACCACAUGCGGUCCAUGGACCUGCUGCUUAAGCACUCUGCCUCCUUAGAAGCUGUCACAGAGUCUGGUCUUACUCCUCUUCAUGUAGCAGCAUUCAUGGGCCAUCUGAACAUAGUGAAGAACCUGCUCCAAAGAGGGGCUUCACCUAAUGCUUCCAAUGUGAAAGUGGAGACUCCCCUCCACAUGGCCUCCAGAGCAGGACACUGUGAAGUUGCUCAGUUCUUGCUGCAGAACGCAGCGCAAGUGGAUGCCAAGGCAAAGGAUGACCAGACACCUCUACACUGUGCAGCCCGUAUGGGCCACAAAGAGCUUGUCAAGCUGCUCCUUGAGCACAAGGCCAACCCCGACUCAGCUACAACUGCAGGCCAUACGCCCUUACACAUCGCUGCGCGUGAAGGACAUGUCCACACCAUUCGAAUACUGUUGGAUGCUGGAGCUCAGCAAAUCAAGAUGACAAAGAAAGGCUUCACUCCCCUCCAUGUGGCCUCUAAAUAUGGAAAGGUGGAUGUGGCAGAACUACUUCUGGAGAGAGGAGCCAACCCUAACGCAGCUGGGAAGAAUGGUCUGACACCCCUUCAUGUGGCCGUCCAUCACAACAACCUGGAUGUUGUUAAACUUCUGGUCAGCAAGGGAGGAUCUGCACACAGCACUGCUCGAAAUGGCUACACUCCCCUGCACAUAGCAGCCAAGCAGAACCAGAUGGAGGUGGCCAGUUGUCUGCUGCAGAAUGGGGCUUCACCCAAUGCCGAGUCCCUCCAAGGCAUCACGCCCCUACACCUGGCUUCACAGGAGGGACGACCUGACAUGGUGGCUCUGCUCAUCUCCAAACAGGCCAAUGUUAAUCUGGGAAACAAGAAUGGACUGACCCCUCUGCAUCUUGUGGCCCAGGAGGGUCAUGUGGGCAUCGCUGACACAUUGGUCAAACAGGGAGCUUCUGUGUAUGCUGCUUCACGGAUGGGCUACACACCCCUUCAUGUGGCCUGUCACUAUGGCAACAUCAAGAUGGUGAAGUUCCUUCUGCAGCAGCAGGCUCAUGUAAACAGCAAGACAAGGAUGGGCUACACACCUCUACACCAGGCAGCUCAGCAGGGCCAUACUGAUAUUGUCACCCUGUUGUUGAAACACGGAGCCCAGCCCAAUGAGAUUACUUCGAAUGGGACAUCUCCCCUGGGCAUUGCAAAGCGGCUGGGUUACAUCUCUGUCAUUGACGUGCUGAAGCUGGUUACCGAGGAGUCUGUCUCCGCGAUCACUACAGAGAAGCAUCGGAUGAGUUUUCCUGAGACAGUGGAUGAGAUUUUGGAUGUUUCAGAGGAUGAAGGGGUUGCCCAGCUAACGUUAGGAGACGAGUUGCUCGGGAUGGAUGGAGCACGCUACUUAAAGCUUGAUGAUUUCAAGGACCAGGACGAUGACUUCCUCUCCCCUAAGAAGACUCUAAGAGACUUUGAGGGUGGCAUGGGUACCACGCCGUAUUCUCCAGCUAUUCCCAGAAUCCCUUGUGUGUCCCCAGAGACAGUUCUGCUGGAUCAGCACACUCCCAUUCCCCUGCCAAAGGAGUAUGAUGAAGACUCUCUUAUCCCGAGUAGUCCUGCUACAGAGACCUCAGACAAUGUCAGCCCCGUGGCCAGCCCUAUUCAUACGGGCUUCCUAGUGAGUUUCAUGGUGGAUGCUCGAGGAGGCUCCAUGCGAGGCAGCAGACACCACGGCUUACGGGUUAUCAUUCCUCCUCGAACCUGUGCUGCACCGACACGCAUUACCUGCCGUCUGGUCAAACCUCAGAAAUUGACCACACCUCCUCCGCUGGUGGAGGGGGAGGGGCUUGCUAGCCGUAUCAUCUCCCUAGGGCCGUCCAGUAUGCAGUUCCUUGGGCCUGUAAUUGUGGAAAUCCCUCACUUUGCCUCACUGGGCCGAGGAGACCGAGAGCUCGUGGUCCUCCGCAGUGAAAAUGGCUCAGUCUGGAAGGAACAUCGCAAUCGCUAUGGCGAUGAAGUGUUGGAAACUAUUCUGAAUGGCAUGGAUGAAGACCUGGAGAGUCAAGAGGAGCUUGAGAAGAAGAGAAUCCGUCGGAUUAUCUCCACUGACUUUCCCCUCUACUUUGCCGUGGUCUCCCGCAUUCAGCAGGAGAGUGAUCUGAUUGGUCCUGAGGGUGGCCGGCUGACCAGUAAGCUGGUGCCCCAUGUUGAGGCCAUCUUCCCUGAGACAGCAGUCACCAAAAGAGUGAGACUAGGACUGCAGGCACAGCCAAUCCCUGAUGAAUUGCUGACGCGACAGCUUGGUAACCAGGCGACCUUCAGCCCAGUGGUUACCAUCGAGCCCCGCCGACGCAAGUUCCACCGCCCAAUCGGAUUACGCAUCCCACUGCCACCAUCCUGGAGAGAGAGUCCUCGGGAUGCUGGGGAGGGUGAUACUACCAGCUUGCGCCUCCUCUGCAGUGUCAUUGGUGGAACAGCACCAGCUCAGUGGGAGGACAUCACUGGAACCACAAAGCUGAUGUACGCCAAUAACUGUGCCAAUUUUACCACCAAUGUCUCUGCAAGAUUCUGGCUGGCAGACUGUCCACGCACGGCAGAGGCAGUGACCUUUGCCAAUUUGCUGUACCGGGAGCUAAUGUCCGUGCCGUACAUGGCCAAGUUUGUUAUUUUCGCCAAGAUGAAUGAAGCACGUGAGGGACGCUUGCGUUGUUACUGCAUGACAGAUGACAAGAUGGACAAAACUCUGGAGCUGCACGAAAACUUCACUGAAGUGGCCCGCAGUCGAGAUAUUGAGCUGAUGGAGGGCAUGCCGUUGCACCUGGAGUGUUCCGGGAACCUAGUGCCCAUCAGGAAGGCCACCCAGCAGCCUCGCAGCUUCAGCUUCCAGGCCUUCAGAGAUAACAGACUGCCCGUCUCUGUCAAGGUCAGAGAUAGCAACAAGGAUGCCACUGGGUUUUUAUCCUUUCUCCGGAAGUGCACCAAGUACGAGGACACACAGCAUGUACUGUGUAACCUUAACAUAUCCAUGCCACCUUGUGUCAAGGUUGUUGGAAGUGAGGAGCGCAGGAGAACUCUAACCCCUCUUGCCCUGAGAGAACGCUACAGUGCGCUGAACGAGCCUGGCGUGGCCACAGUAAAUGCCAUGGAGAGGACUGAGAUCAAAAUCAACAUCAUAUCUGAACAGCUGGGUUUGAGCUGGGCAGAGUUGGCACGAGAGCUUCAGUUUGGCGUGGAUGACAUCAAUAGAAUCCGUGUGGAGAAUCCCAAUUCACUGCUGGACCAGAGCUCUGCCCUGCUCAACCUCUGGGCCAGCAGAGAGGGCAAAAGAGCCAAGAUGGAAAGCCUCUACACUGCCCUGAAGAACAUCGACCGUGCAGACAUUGUAACAUCUCUGGAGGGUCAGGCUCCGCAGCCACUGCCCGGUUCUUCGGAGGAGGGCGCCUGUCGACUCAGUGACCGCGACUCCACCCUACUGUCCCCCAGUGUCCUCAAUGGUUAUGGGCUGGUGCAGGAAGAGCUUCUGUCCCCAGCCUCCAUGCAGUACAGCUUGCCCUCUCCACUGGGCGUGGAGCCCUACUGGCAAGAAGUGUCCAGCCUCGAGUGCGCCCCCAUCGCCACCACAGAGGAAGACACGUUAAUGGAGAUGUCGGACGUUCAGGUGUGGCCAGCAGGGGUCAGCCCCUCGCUGGUCACGGUGGAGGACUCGUCGCUAGAGGGCAGCAGUCGCGCCGAUGACUCAGAGGGCGCCACGCUCUCCCUCCCUUGCAGCUUGGGUCGCCCGAGCAGCGGAGCCAGCGGGGCCAGCGGCUCCAUUAUGGAGCUGGAGGAGGAGGAGGAGGAGGAGGAGGAGGAAGGGGAGGUUGAGGAGGAGGAGGUGCCACCAGAGCUGGCAAGUGUGCUGGCAGAAAGAGACAGGGUGAGGGCCAGUGGUGCUGUUCCUAAGGUCAACCUAAAUGGCCAGCUUGGAGGUCAGAGGUCAGAUGGGAGGAGAGGGGAAGCCCUCGCAGCAGGAGGUGGAGCAAAAGGAGGAGGUGCAGGGCUGGGUUCAGUGGAAGGGAUUUCUGUUGUUGCAGGCCAGCAGGUGUAUGCCCAUCGGUGUGAGAUGUCGGGACUGAGUCGGGCUGCAGAACACAAUGGAGACAACCGGAUGGUGGGAGGCGGAGCAUUUCAACCCUAUCUACCAGACAAGGACUCCCUGCAGGGCUGGGUGGGCUCAGUGUCUUCGGGACGGGACGGCAGCGUGCCAGGCUUGCGCGUGGCCCAGGAGGCUCUGCUGACUCCGGUGUGUGACACGGGUUACUCUCAUGUGCUGCGUGGGCGCCUCCUGCAGGGCACGCAGCCCUUUGACAAGGGGCUGGGCUUCUCUCACCAGGAAGCGGGCCAACAUGCUUGGGAACAGGAGCAGAGGCGGGUCCAGAGAGAAGAGAAAGAAGACUAUUCUGCUGAGCCGCAGUUUGUUGAUGAACACGGAAGCGUACUCGCCAGAAGGGUGGGGGUGGAUGUGAGAAAGGGCGCUCAGUCAGUGCAGCGCACCAGUCUGCGGAGAGUUAAACACUGAAAUACACAUACUACCCAGUCCUCCAGGACCGGAAAGCCACUGCCAAAACAUCCUGCACAAAAACACAACAAGACCGCAGAAGAAAAUGAGCAAGGGAGGAGAGGAAGACUGAGACAAAGACUAAGAAGUUCAAACUACAAAAUGACAAACACAGAAUCAUCCUCAACAUGUGACCCAUGGAGAAUCACAAAACAAAAGAAGAGGAGGAAAAAAAAGAGGAGUUCAACUUGUAGUUUUCUAACAUUUGUAAAGAAAAAUAUCAACUAGACUAAGGCAUGAUGAUUCAUUUUUUCUACAAAACAACAUAAAUGUCAGUAAAAUAACCAAGAAAAAAAGUGCAACAAAAAGUGCUUCCUGUGAACUGUAAUCGCAUGAUGACUGCUGGUGCAUGCCCUUUGACCUUUUGAACUGUCAUUAUCUACAAACUGAAGGGGUACAAGGUACGGGGCUGGUCCACAUGUGGGUCACGGGCCAUUUUAAGGACCUUAUCCCCCCUCCCCCUCAUCUGGAGUGGUUUGUGUCUGCAAGUGAGAGUACAAUAACACUACAGCCAAAAAAAAGUCCCUCAAUGGAUGGUUCUGUAUACAGCUAAGCCUCUGCUGAGCCUACCAAUGCUUCUUUCACUGGACCCUUUUCCCCUAUUAUUCUCAAUGUGAUAUAUGCACUCUAUGCUACGUGGACAUGUGUCGGUGUGUGUAUGUGUGCGUAUGUGCGCGUGUAUUCUUCUCUACCGCAUGUGUUUCUUGCUUCUGGCUUGGCGCUGAGCCCUGCCCCAUGAUUGGCUUAUUGCCCCUGUGAUGUCACGGCGCGCUCAGUUGCUGGAAUGAGAAAGCCGCUGUGCUCCCCUGCUCGUGAGUGUUCUUGUCUGCGUGUGCUGACGUCUCUCUUUUUUUUUUCUUUGUGGAUGAAGCUCGCCUCUCGUUAUUGGUUUCUUUGGGACCUGUCCACCUCAGUUCUGAGCAAUGUUUGACUUCAGUACGGAACUGAAUCUCUUUCAAUCCCUCGUGUUUUCAAAAUGUGUUUUUCAGACAAUGGGAAUGUUUCCUUUGGAAAGGGGGUUGGUUGCUUGAUUGCAUUGUGCAGUAGCUCUGCAACACAAAGAUUGACUUUUUCCUCCCUCGUGACCUUUUCUACCUUCUUCCGCCAUUUCUCCCAGUAGCGCGCAUCAUCUUGAUCCACAAUCUUUAUCAGUAGCCUCAGUCAAUAUGCAGUAAAAUCACAGGCCGCUCCAUCAGCAUCUAUAGCUCCUUCAUCUAAUGUUUAAAACUUUGUGUGCUCCCUCUUCUAUCUGUUUGCAACGGCUGUAGCGCCUCACUGUCGUAUUUCGGUUCAUUCAUUUGAAACUAAGUGAAUGAAAUGGCGAAACAUGGAGGAUCUGAUUCAUGUGAGGAUAUAGUGUUUUGGAGGAUUUCUAGCAAGUCUAAAAUAGCGUUACGCUACAACAUGGGAUUGUGAAAGGAACUGCGCAACAAGGACAGACAGGUAGCACUGUGAUUGUCUUAUUAACACUGACCCCAGACUCGUGAACUGUGAAGACACAAAAACAUUCAUAUAUACAAACAAAAGCACACCUACACCCAAUGCAUAUACACACACUUAAUAAGAAACACAUUACAUUAUUGAGUAAUUAUUGCCUGGUCAAAGUGUGAGGUAAUUUUUGGAGUAUGCCACAGCAAUAAUACUGAACAACAACACAGAAGACGGAAGCCGGGGAGGGGGGGUUGGGGGGUGUGUAUAUCUACAUGAAGGAUUUGAUACCGAAAGGUUUAAAUGACUGAACUCCUCAGUGAAGACAGAAACUCCAUCUGGACAAACAACAUUCGAGUUUGGCAUUGGACAGCUGUGCUGUACCUGGCUGGUUUUCCACCGACCUUGACGUGAAUGAGUCAGAGAGGACUCACUGAUGCAAGAUCAGAUGACUCAGCUGUAGCAGUGUGGGAAUGCAGAGGCCUGAGAGGGAUUGCUUGUUUUUCAGCACUUAACGUAGCAAAAUAAAAACCAGGAUAUGUUAACUUAAUACACUGAUACCUAUUAUGGAGUCUGCUGCUGCCGUGAGGUGGAAACCACCACACUCCACUUUCUUUUUGUGAGUAAUUUAAGUUGUAGUUGUUAGUGUUUCACUCAUUUCACUGGCACCACUGUAAACCACCUAUUUUUCUCUUCAUCUCUGAAACACUUACUUUAUGCAGAGACCUGGUGGCAGCACUAUGAAGGGGUCAUAUCAUCGUAGCACACAUUUUCCUGGAAAUCAAAACACAAUAGUUAUCCCAUAAGUACUGUAAAUGCUACUGUAGCCUGAAUGAGUGAAACACUGAGUGAGUGAAUGAAUGAACACAUUAGUUACACAUCACAUACAUGCACAUAUUUUCCAUGUCCAGUUCAUGCACAUGAGAGCCUCAUCUGAUAUAGCACAUGUUUAUUACAUAUCACUUGUUUUCCACUGUUACUCCACUCAGGUUUUCAGUUCUGCUCGGUCAGAAUCAAAAUGUUUUUGUUUGUUUUUUUUUUUAAAGUUGUGAUUCCUCCUCUCAAAGACGGGUGCGGGACACAAAGUGAGGGCUUCAAUUAGAAUUCGGUGUCGGGGUGGGAUGGGGAUGCACGGGGGGGUUUUGGUGGAUGUGUGAAGCAGGGUGGUUUGUGUGUGAGUGUGUGUGUGUGUGUGGUUUGGAGUUCUUUGAUUCCAAAAGACCAAAAAGUACACAGAGUAUUGAGUGUGUGGUCAGUAUACUCAACUCUGUGCCCUGUACAUGCAACAUCUGUGCCCCACCCCUGUUGGUUGUGUUUAUCCUAAAUCAUUUUUACCAGUGAUAAACAAAAACAAACCAAAAAGGUACCGGUGAAGCAUUACUCUCUCUACAAAAAACACACCAAGCUAAACAAGAAAUUUUGAUUAAUUUAAAACUAAUUUCCUGUCUUUGUUUGCAGUGAUCUGUGGGCGUCUAGACAAAACACAGUCAGUGUUUGAUUUCAGUUACCUUUUUAGACCUGAACUGUAAUCUUACCAAAUCAGCUGUUCCCAUUAAGUCAAGCCUUUAAUUCUCAUCUUUGGAUGCACCCACCAUGGGGUGCAAACAAGACAUCCUCUCUUUGUAUUGACAGUGUGUCUAAUCUUUUAAACUGGUGCGACUGAUGCAGUUUAUAGCUUUUGGAUGAAGGAGAGUGUGACUCUCUCGGUCACUAAAGUGUCGCACUCUCCCCUGACAUAUUAGUUAGUCCUUACUUGAAGUCUUGUACUGUAUCAGCACAAGAGAGGUUGGAAUGAGACAUGUUAAAGAGAGUAAACUACUUAAUCUUGCGUUAAAAUAAUAAUCCUUAAGACUGUCAGUUUUGAUUUAACCCCAUUUUUGAUACUCUUAAAAGUUUUUUUUCCCAGGAACAGCCAUUUUACAAAUGUGAAAUUUGUCUCCUUGUACAGUAAUAACUCUCAUUGUGGGUGGCAGAGUCCGCCUUUCCCACAUGGGAUUUAGAUUGUGUACCGGUGUGUGAAGGAUUCACUGGAGAAGUAAUACUGAAUGUGACGUAGAAGACAAAAAUCAAUGUGCUACCAUCAACAAAAAUGUCUGGAGGUGCAGAUUAGAGAAAAUAUAAUUUAGCUGUUACACAGAUAAUUAAAUGUGGCUAGGUUUCUGAGUGUAGUCUGAGGGGUUUGGACCUGAAUAUUCUUUAAAUCUUGGUUACAGGCCUGUUAAAGCUGCCUGUGGUUCGUACGCAACAUCUCAAACCUGUAUUAUUAAAACCGCCAGUACCCACAGGUGACACCAGAUUCAUCACCAAAAUCUUAAGGACUAUAAUUUAAACUUUAAGUCAUAAUCCUCUUGUUUAGCUUACAGUUAAAAGACCAGAUGUUGAUCAGUUUUAAAUCCAAAAGUAAUUUGCACUUGAACACUAAUGUAUUAACAGUUUUAUGUAAAUCUGUUUCCACUCUGAGGUGGAUUUUUACAAGUAUUAUUUGGAUUUGCAGUGUGAAUUAAACUAGUCAGUGAACCUCGGUACUUGGAUAAAUUUAACUCCACCAUGUUUCUGUUUUAUGAACAGUACGUAAGUGUGUGUGUAUGCUUGUGUGCGCGUGUGACCGUGCUUGGUUCUAUACUUAGUUGGAUCAGGGGAAGAAGAGAGAGAAAGUUUUUACCGGGCAUGUGACUUGAGAGGACGUGUAACCUAACGACGAUGUAUUUUAAAAAAAGAGUAUUGUAAAAUUUUAACUGUUGCAAAGAAUAGAGAUCACCUAUACUCCUUUAGAAUGGAUACAUGACAAUGUAAACGCAAUAUCAUAUUACUCUAUCCUAAGGAAUGCAACUGCGCACAUGCACAAAAAAAGAUGUUUUUAUGAAAAUAUAUGUAUAAAUAUAUGACAAAAUAUAUUUAAUUAGAAUGCUAUGCACCCUCAUAGAGUUGUUAUGGAUGUUCUUUAAGCAUUAUCUAGACUAGGCCGACACCCAUAUCAUGGGGAAUGUAGAGGCUUUGUAGCUAUGACCACUUGUCUUCUUUUCUUUUGUAUUGUCCUGGAGAGAGGACAAACAAACGUGAAUAUGUAUACAAGCCUUUCAAUCAGAAUCAUUCUGACAUGACAAUAUGUAUAGAUCAUCUUACCCUGUACACCAGCUCAAACCAUUUACAAGAAUUAAUAAACAAAGAUGUGACAUAAA